AUGCCCUUGGCAGAGGUUCUGCUGGCCGGAUUACUCCUAGUCGUGUUCAUUGUCUCUCUGCUGGCUAAUCUGCUGGUGCUGAUAUGCUUCUUGUACAGCGCUGAGAUAAGGAAGCAGGUCUCUGGGAUCUUUCUGGUCAACCUGUCGCUCUGCAACCUUCUCCUGACCACCCUUAACAUGCCCUCCACUUUCCUGGCCGUCUUAAAUCACCAGCAGCCCUUUGGUGACUGCCUCUGCAAAGCUUUGGGCUUUUUGGAAACUUUUUUGACUUCCAACACCAUGCUGAGCAUGGCAGCUCUCAGCAUAGACAAAUGGAUUGCGGUGGUGUUCCCCUUAAGUUACACCAGCAAGAUGAGGUACAAGGAUGCGGCGAUCAUGAUGGGGUACACCUGGCUGCACUCCCUCACCUUCCCCCUGGUCUCUCUUCUCCUCUCCUGGUUAGACUACAGUAGCAUGUAUGCCUCUUGCACCUUGCAUGUCCAAGAUGCCCAGGGGACAAGACGCUUUGUGGCGUUCACCAUCGUGUUCCAUGCUGCCAGUUUCAUGCUCUCACUCGUUAUAUUAUGUUUCACUUAUUUAAAGGUGCUGAAAGUGGCACGGUUCCACUGCAGGAGGAUAGACAUUAUUACCAUGCAAACCCUUGUGUUGCUUGUAGACAUCCACCCCAGUGUGAAGCAAAGAUGUCUAAGUGAGCAAAAGAGGAGAAGACAGCGGGCUACAAAGAAAAUCAGUAUUUUUAUAGGAUCUUUUGUGGUGUGCUUUGCUCCCUAUGUCAUCACAAGGUUAAUAGAGCUUCUUCCAUAUGUAAAGAUAAACAACUACUGGGGUAUUGUAAGUAAGUGCCUGGCCUACAGUAAAGCCGCUGCGGACCCCUUUGUUUACUCGCUUCUACGUCAGCAGUACAAGAAGGCUCUGCUCAACAUUGUCAACAGGAUACUGAAGAGAGAACUCUACCCCUCUUCUGGAUAUAACAGCUCUUUAGAUACUGAAAAUGAGUACUGUUUGCACAGAGCCAGCUAA